CCGUGCCCCAACCUGUUCUAAUCUGCUACCCCACAGCUCCACUCAGCCCGUCCAAAUGAAAAUGCAUGACCCCAAACAUUGCAAAAUGCAGUGUAGAGGGGCAUAAAACUACCGUAACAACAUAACAGACGUCCUUCAUCAACGAGCUAUAUGUCUCAUCCUGAGUAUCUCUUCACAUACUGCAACGCCGCUCUAGUGACCACAACAACCAAAGCGUCAACCUCGCCACUCUCUAUCCCAACAGAGAUGCGCAAGAAGGGAUCCGAGUCCUCUGCCAUGGUGGAACUGGCCGAUAUUCGAGAAGCAGAGUACCCAGAUCCAGCACCUUUCAUGAUAGGACAGCCUGCCCUCCUUGAUAAUUAUAAAACAAACUCAAGGCAUGCGUCCAGCCCUUCCUUGUUGUUCAACGUCCCGUCGAUGAAAUCAGUUGUCACCAAAGCUCCACCAUGGCCCCAGCCGUAUUGUCUAUUGGGUGGGGUAAGCAACAUCAGCAACAUGAGAUAGUGCGGAUCUAAGAUCAUCCCUAGCAUCUUAGUGGCUCAACAGAUACCUAAUGCGUGGUUCCCUGCGGAUGCU